AUGCUCGCUCUCACCCUCCUCUCCCUCCUCCCUCUUCUUGUCCCCGCCUCGGCGCUCACCGUGAGGACCCGCGCCGCCGACCCGGUCCCGGCCGACCUUACGCACCUCUCCAAUGGCGCCCGUAUGGCUCGUGGUCUUCCCCUUCGCAAGCCUAUCGCCCGUGACGAAGGUGCUCGUCUCCGCGCUCGUCAAGCCACUCCGUCUGGUACCGUCGGCACCCUCUCCGUCUGCGGCAAUUACCAGGCCAGCGACUUUGGACAGAGCUGCACAGCUGCCGCCAACCCCGCCGGUCCCGGUGGGACCUGCUGCACGGACUCGCCAGGUGGUCUCAUGCUGCUCACCCAGUUUUGGGACGCUGGAGCUGCAUCGGCCGGCCCCGCCAACUCGUGGACCCUCCACGGUCUCUGGCCCGACAACUGUGACUCCACUUACGAGGAGUACUGUGACCCCAGCAGGGAGCGCUCUGCCAUCCGCUCGAUCCUGACCAACAACGGCCAGACCGCUCUCGAAUGGAACAAGCACGGAACGUGCAUCUCUUCGCUCGACAAGGCAUGCUACACUGCCCCUCGCGAGAACGGGGAGCUCAUCACCUACUUCCAGCGCUCCGUCUCCACCUUCCAGUCCCUCCCAUCGUACGACUGGCUCGCAGCGGACGGCAUCAUCCCUACCAACAACGCCACAUACACCAGCGCCCAAAUCCUCUCGGCCCUCACAAAGUCGUAUGGCUUCACUCCUGUCAUCAGGUGCCAGUCUGGCUCGCUCAGCGAGGUUUGGUACUUUUACAACUCCAAGGGUGGUAUCGUCGACGGGUCUUUGGUCAAGACUGGUGCCGUCGGGGACUCUAGCAACUGCCCUGCUACCGGCAUCCGCUACCUGCCCAAGUACACGGUCAACCCCAACCCACCUUCCACCGUCCCGGCGAUCAUCGGCGCUCCUCCCUCUGCCGCCGGUGUUCGAGGCUUUGUCUACCCUACUUACAGCGAUGGCAGUCGGGAGGACCGAGCUUGUCUCAUCCGAGUCGGCGUCUGGUUCAAGGGCACCUGUGCUGGCUACACCUCCGUCACCCCUCCCGCUGGCUCCCCCGCUGGAUCCUUCCAGCUCCAAACCGGCGGUGGUCUCUGCGGGAUUCUCGCCGCCGACAACCGCUUCAGCUGUGCCGCUAGCUUCACCGCGGCCACCGCCGCCGUCUUCCAAUUCAACGCGGAGGGCGAGAUGAGCAUCAUGGGCCAGGAGGCAUUCGGCAGUACCAAGGUACCGGGGACGGACCAGGUGCCUGUGUAUCUGGGCCCGGCUCAGGCCGUGGACUAUUCUCUGGUCUUUGUGCCGCAGUGA